CUCCCCUUCCUUCUGACCUCCUUCUCCAACAUGGCGGUUGUGUUUACGGAAUACGCUUGAAAACUGCCAAAAUGUACCUUCAGAAGAACUUUCUUGUUGUGAUUGUUGCGUUAAAGGCUGAACGUUUUCUUCUGUGACAUUUUUACAUCACGCGGUUACGUUAGGUAACAUGUUUGCUGUGCACAGUGUCGAAAAGAGAAAAUCCCGCGACACCGGAAUGAAGGUGAGUGAAAGAGGUGUUGAAAAGGAACCGACGGCCGCAACGCCGCCUGCUCUCACAAGCGAUGACGACGAUUCCGCCUGGGAGAGUUGCCAGGAGGAUGUCCGGUGGCCCUCUUCCUCUGCUUGCGCUACUUCUGAACCUGCUACUAACCCUGAAGAUGAUGCUUGGUGUUUCCUGCCUGGUCCUCCUCGUUGCCUGGGCAACAUGGCGGCGUCUACUGGCGAGUCUUCGUCUUCUUCGUCCAGCCCAUCGCAUAGCGGUCGAAAGCCCAGUGUUCACCAUGUUCGAUGGGCCUGGUACCUCGUGGUGUGCGGCGCGGCGAGCCUGUGCUACGCCAACGCCCCCUCUUGUGGCUUUGUGUUCGACGACAUGUCUGCGGUGCGAGACAAUAGGGACCUGCGACCCCACACACCUCUGCAUCAUGUCUUUUGGAACGACUUCUGGGGAACGCCCAUACACAAGGAACACAGUCACAAAUCGUACCGGCCACUAUGCGUGCUGACGUUUCGUAUCAACUACUGGCUACACGAGUUGGACCCCAUGGGAUACCAUAUCGGCAACGUCCUCUUGCACGUCAUUGUCUGCGCUAUAUUCCUCAGGGUUUGUUCCAUGGUUGUGCCUGAAACGCCCAGUGUUGUUGCUGCUUUGCUUUUUGCCGUGCAUCCGGUGCAUACUGAAGCGGUGACUGGUGUGGUUGGCAGAGCAGAAUCUCUGUCCUCCGUAUUCUUCCUGUUGGCCUUCAUCGCGUACACGCACUCUACUGGACGCUGGAAGAACACACGGUGGAGUUCUCUACUUGUCUGUGUUGUGCUCAUCGCCGUGGCGACGUUGUGCAAAGAGCAGGGGAUUACUGUGGUUGGCGUCUGUGCAGUCUACGAGAUCUUCGUGGUGCAACGGUUGAGACCGAGAAAUAUCCUGCACAUUAUUCAGACACUCCUAGCAUCCAAGUCAAGCCCUCCCGCGUGGCUUCGGGAAGUUUUCGUCCGGGUCGCGGUGCUUUUCUUCAGCGCCGUUGCUCUCCUCGUGGGCAGAGUCAAAGUCAUGGGUGCCCAACUGCCUGUAUUCACAAAGUUCGACAACCCAGCCGCAGUUGCGGACACACCUACCAGGCAGUUGACCUUCAACUACUUGCUUCCAGUAAACAUGUGGCUACUCCUGUUUCCUUCCGAACUGUGCUGUGAUUGGACGAUGGGCACGAUUCCCCUGGUGCAGUCCUUCUUCGACAUUCGCAAUCUGGCAACACUGGCGCUGUACAUAGCGGUUGUGGUAUUAAUUUACGUCGCCGUGACCACAUUCGAUGACGUCAACGCUCACGUGAUCGCACUGAGCCUGUCAUUGAUGGUGCUCCCAUUCCUGCCUGCAUCGAAUCUAUUCUUUCCCGUCGGAUUCGUCGUAGCUGAGCGUAUCCUGUACAUGCCUAGUAUGGGCUUCUGUCUCUUAGUGGCCCAUGGCUGGCACCUGCUGCUGGAGCGAGGGUACUACAGGCGUCUCUUGUGGACUGCAUUGGUGAUCCUUGUCGUGACGGGUUCCAUAAAGACGUUCAUAAGGAACUAUGACUGGGAAUCUGAGUAUACCAUCUUUAUGGCUGGCCUGAAAGUGAACAGGCAAAAUGCAAAGUUGUACAACAAUGUUGGCCAUGCCUUGGAGGGCCAAGGAAAAUUUGCAGAAGCCCUCCGGUACUUUCUCAAGGCAUCGAGUGUGCAAGCGGACGAUAUCGGAGCACAUAUCAAUGUCGGUCGGACUUAUAACAACCUUCUUAUGUACGAUGAAGCUGAAGCAGCAUUUUGGAAGGCAAAGGACCUUUUGCCGAGGCCCAAGCCAGGAGAACCGUAUAAAGCCAGGAUUGCACCGAACCACUUGAAUGUGUUUUUGAACUUGGCAAAUCUUAUUUCGAGGAAUGGAACACGGCUAGAAGAAGCGGAUAGCUUGUAUAAGCAAGCCAUCAGUAUGCGUGUGGACUACAUCCAGGCAUACAUAAAUCGUGGUGACAUCCUCAUUAAGCUAAAUAGGACACGUGAAGCUCAAGACGUGUAUGAACGUGCUUUGCAACUAGAUAGCACGAAUCCUGAUAUUUUCUAUAAUCUGGGUGUUGUGUUCCUAGAACAGGGCAAGGUGGACGAUGCUCUCCUUUAUUUUAACAAGGCAUUACUGCUUGAUCCAGAUCACGAGCAAGCACUUAUGAACUCUGCCAUUCUCAUUCAAGAAAGUGGCAGCGCUAAGCUCCGCAGUGUGGCAUAUCAGCGGUUAAAGUUCCUUCUGCAGAAAGGAAAACGAAAUGAAAGAGUAUAUUUCAACCUUGGCAUGUUGUCCAUGGAUGACAAGAAUGUUGAAGAAGCUGAAGACUGGUUUAAGAAGGCUAUACAGGUAAAGCAGAACUUCAGAAGUGCCUUGUUCAAUUUGGCCCUCCUCCUUUCCGACUCAGAGAGACCUCUGGAGGCAGUUCCUUACCUAAAACAGUUGUUACAGUACCACCCAGAUCAUGUGAAAGGCCUGAUACUCCUUGGAGAUGUCUACAUUAAUCAUGUCAAAGAUCUGAAUAAAGCUCAAGAGUGCUACGAGAAGAUUUUGCUUUUAGAUCCUGCAAAUGUGCAAGCAUUGCACAACCUUUGUGUGGUUCAUGUUGAAAGAGGCGAGCUCUUCUUGGCUGAAAAAUGCCUCCUGAAAGCUCAGAGCCUAGCACCGCAAGAAGGAUACAUUGAGAAACACCUGAGAAUAGUGCGCAAUAGGAUUUACAAAUAUCAGCAACAUAUGAAGAAAGUUCAAGCACAGGGCACUGUGGUAGAUGCGUCUAGCCAUUCUGGACCCCUAACUGGAGAAAAGCCUGCAGCAUCACAGACACCUCAGCACAGAAAAGAGAUGCGUCGGUGAAACAUUCUGCAGGGAUAACGCGGAAUAUAAUGUGCUCAGACAAGUACACAGGACAGCAUACCUUCUUGCCAUGUUACGGUGUGCCAGGAGGACAGUUCCUGGGCUGGGCAUCGGUGUACCUGUAUUUAUUACGACAGCUACGACAUUAUUUUAGAUACAGCUUUGUGCUUUGGAACUGAAGGCUUGUUUUAGAGCUUGAUUAUUGUUAUUAAUACUGAGAGGAAUCUAUGUGCGUGGUGUUGGACUGCACUUCCUGGUGACGUGUGAUAGAAUUUUACAUGCAGGUAUGACUAGUGACCUUACCAGGAAAAGAGUGGAAGAAAGUUUGUGCAUCAGUGGUCUAUGCUGCAUGAAUCUUAUUACUAUCUUUUUGUUUUCAAUGUGCCAAUUUGUGUAGCGGUGGUAACCAAUACCACUAGCUGUUUUUAUGUGUUGUAGGACACACGUGAGCACACAUCCUGUGUAUAACAUUUCAUUCCAUGUGCGAGAAAUUUCAGGAAAGGAGCAGGAGCUGUACACACUGAGCUUUUUAUGGAGUCAUGCAGUCUGACGACCCUUAUUUCAGCCGUUACUGGGGCUUUGGAGGUUUAGGUGUUUGGGGUUAAGUAUUGUGGCAUUCUGUGCUCUAAAGUAAAGUACCCUAUGUACUCGAAUAAUUAACGUACUUUUUGCCCAAAAACAUAGAGCUAUGCAGCGAGAGUGCAUUAUGAAAAGAGCUGGACCUCUGUACUGGUUGUGCACUACGGGGUACAGCCAUGCAGCUAAUGCCAGUGUGUGUUAAAUGUGGGGGGGAAAGUACCAGCAUUUCGGUGUUGGGGCUGCAAUAAUUACUGUACUGAGCAAAUACUGUAAUUCUGUUGUUGCAUAUUUUGAAACAUUGAAACUUUGAUUAUAUUAUCCUUAUUGCAAAAGAGAUUGUUAUUCGCAUAGCUAGAUUUUAAUAGGUGACUUUAAGAAACAAGUUUGUCAAGUCUCACAGUUAAUGCAUGUACCAAGAACGGCUAAAAGAGCGUGGCGAGAUGGACUGGUUGGAGAAUUAAUAUACUGGUAAACACCAACAAUGAAGCCUUUAAAAAAGACACGAACAAGAAGUGCAUUUUUCUGGUUCACGCCCUUUGUUUUCAAGAUAGAAGUGUUGGUUUCUCCCUUAAGAGCAAUACAAUACAGAAAUGUUGGUUACAAUGGUAAUUACCCUAAUCAUAAUUUUUGAAAUUCGUACAACACGCUUGUACGCAGUUGAGAGACAAUAUAUUGCAUGGAAUGAACUGUUGACAGAGUUGCACAGAACAAAACCCUGUUCUCAGCAAACCAUGAAUAUCCAGUUGGCCACCCAGAAAAAUCAAACAAUGUGUAUUGCCUGAACAUUUCAUUAUCGUUGCCAGAACUUAGCAGCCAAGUUUCAUUUGUCUCUCACAUAAAAUUGACUGAUUCAAAUUAAAAUUAAAAUUGUUUAUCUAUUAUAACGCAAGAUAAUUGUGCGUGCAAAAAUAUACAAGAUGGGGAGGACAUAGACACCCAUGGGGAGGGCCAAUUCAGUGGACAUCUUCAGCAUACACAUUGUCCCCUGCACAUUGCAUUCUGGAUAAUUACUGGACAUUUGUGGUUUGUUGAGUUAAUUUUGUUACAUGCUCCCAAACAUGUCAUUAAGACUACAUUAUAAAUAGGAGCCCCCCACUUUUUGCCUUCACACAAUAAUUGUUGCAAGAAUAAACUUGGACAAACACCGCAAUAUCCCCCCACUUUAGCUGUGGGAUACGACCUAUAUCAGUAGUGUACGUAUCAAUAUACAAUACUACCCUGUACAACCUAUCCUAUAAUGUAGCCUAACCCUAUGCACAGAGCCAGCGGUGUACAGUGUAAAGGCAUAGAAAUGUUCCAAGUGAGAAAGUAUUUUGAAAUGUUUCAUAAUGCUUCAUAAUCAACAUAAUCACUCUGCAGAAACCAGCAGUGGCACUACAGCCACUGAGGUGAUGUAUCAUGUUCACUGAAGCUGUACCCACAUGAAAGAUACUGCUCAUGCUGCAUAUCCUGACACACUCAUUGUAACGUUUACAUGUACCGUUACUGUACAGAAGCAUAUGAUGUGUACAAAAGAUGCAAAGUAGAAUAGAGCACUAUUUAUAUGAAAAUGAUUUUACACAUAAAUUCUAGUAAGCGUACUUGAUAGGACAGAGGAUGUUUUUUGUAUAACAUGUUAUAGAUUAUCCUAUUAGUGAUUGCGCUCGUAUGGAUGGAAUAGGUGAAUUUUCUUUAGGUGCUUGUGUUUAAAAAAUUAGGUGUUACUGAGACUCAGGUGAUUCAGUGAUGUGAUGGUAAGUUGCACAUGUUGUGAAUACCAAUCUCGGAAUCUAACACUGGGACCACUACGCAUGUAUUUGCUCAUAUCAACUUUGGAUCUGUUCCAGCGAUACACUGGCAUAAUAGAGGAAUGAUGUCGGAGGAAUAGUGCUAGGUAACCCGAGAUGACGCAGAAAAAAAAAUGGACUUUUAAAUUCUGUAAAUUUUCCAAUCACAUUGUUGCUCGGCCCCUAACUAACGCUGACCUAUGUACUAAAUGACCGUCCAGUCAUUGCCUUGAGCAUGCUUAAUUAAAUCACCUAUAAUUUCACCACAACCAACACCUGAUUUCCAACCGGAAAACGGAAACGAAGCGUCACAUGCUCUUGUCGGUUGCAUUUAGCUGGGAGCACAAACUCGCUGAACCAUAUCUGCAGGCUCCUACCUACUCAACCUAAUAUUCGUUUAUGUUGCCAGUUCUCAGGUUUGCAUGAGUUUGUGAAUGGUCCGUGGGUCUUCCGUGUCCAAGAAGAUACGUCAUUUUUCGGGUACACCGUCGUAUGUGAGUCAGUGCUCAGAAAGCACAGCAGCCAAGGAGAGCCGCGAAUUCAUUCAAUGCAAAUCGUGGAAUGCACCGUAUUUUCCAUGAAAUCAUAUCGUUCAGGUUUAUUGUACUGAACAUAUGCAGGUUACACCAGAAUGACAUACCUCCUGUGCUACACUACACUUUGGAGAGCUUUUACGAAAUUAUGAUGGGUCGCUUAGAACAGUAGUUGUAAUUUUCUCAGCUGACUUCCAAGCAACACUAUUUCUAGCUAACUCUAACUGAAAAAAAAUGUGCAUGUGGAUGCUGCUUGCAGUUCAAACCGGGAUGGCUUGAAUUUCAGAGUCAAUUGCUGUUGCCUCAUAAAUUGUUGUCAUCAGCUCAGCAUGCAUUCUGACUAAAGAUGAUGAGACGUGCUAUCACCGUUGCAUUUUGGUUGCUACGUAACAAAUUCAGAGUGAUUGUUUUCAGGACCAUUUCAUCCCAACUGAGUCUUCCAGUGUAUUCAACUCUUGCGAUGUGAGUGAGUGUAUGUGACUGAACCGUAGGUUAGCAAUCCGAUCCAGUGAAGUUGUUCACAACUCUGUUAGUGUUCUUGCAAUGGUUGAUGAUAUGUGUAUAUCAAGAUAAAGGCUACAAUAAAGUG